AUGAAAACUAUUGCCAUCUUAUCUUUGAUUGCAUCUGUUGGACUACUCUACGUAGCCUUCGCUCCUCAAGAGACUAGCUUCGAUAGAGAGUUCAAAACCUUCAUUGCUACCUACGGAAAGAACUAUGGUUCCACCGAGGAAAUGAGCUUCAGAAGACUUGUUUUCAACGCUAACAUGCAGAAGGCUGUUGAGCUUGGAAAACUAAAUCCACUUGCUAAAUUCGGUGUAACUCUCUUCGCAGAUCAGACUGAGGAAGAAAUGGCCGCCAGGAUGGGAGCUGUAGACCCAGGAAGAAGCCGUGCAAACAUUGAGUUCCACACAGAUACUUCAAAGACUCUUGACUUCCUUGACUGGAGUGGAGCCAUGCAGCCAGUCCAAGACCAAGGUUCAUGCGGAUCCUGUUGGGCAUUCUCUGCCACUGCUGCUUUCGAAGGAAGACAUCACAUCCAUAUGGAUGACGAAACCGAGAAAUACUCUGAACAAGAAGCUCUCGACUGCUCCUCCUCAAUGUACGGAUGUAACGGAGGAUGGUAUGAAGCCGUCUGGGACAUGGUCUCUAAAGAUGAAUUCUGCUCCCUCAGCUCCUACAAGUACACCGCCAGAAAAGGAUCCUGUCAAAAGACCACUUGCGACAAGAAGGCUCUUGAUACCGGAUACAAGUUCAUUUCCAAGGACGAAGCAUCCAUGCAUGAUGCUUUGAAGUCUGGACCAAUCUCAAUUGCAGUAGAUGCCUCCACCUGGAGCACAUACCAAGGAGGAAUUUUGACUCGUGAAUCUUGCGGAACAGGAAUGAACCAUGCUGUCGUCAUUGUUGCUUACAACGACGAGGAUAACACCUGGAAGGUUAGAAACUCCUGGUCUCCAUCAUGGGGAGAGGAAGGACAUAUCAGACUCAGAUACGGAGAGAACACUUGUAACUUGUUGUACAAGCCAGCCUACCCAACAUUUGAUUAGUUCUAAAUUACAACUACAAA